AUGGCAAAUCUCAUGGUUGGCCUUGACAGCAAACGAGUUGCUAUUACCAGCAGCAUUGCGCAGCAGCAUACUGAUGUGGUCGGUCGUAGUCCGCUUGCCAGUAGACCAGAGGGCCUUUUGCUGGGACGAGAAUUCCGCAGAAGCGUUGCUUUUGCCUGCAAGAAUGUUUUGGAACUCUUGAAAGCUUUCUUCUGGGAGGUAUACGGCUCCGGCGGUGGUGUGGUUCAGUGCAUAGACCUUGGGCAGCUGGCCACCGAUGUAGCCAAAGUGGGAGAGGUCGUAGAAUGGGGAGUCGCGGUUCAGCUUCUCUGUGGCGAAGUUUCGAUGGAAGGUAACAUUCGAGGCAGUAGCGACAGCGCCGAAGAGGGCGGCAACCAGGGUUUGGAGUUUGACCAUGGUGGGUGA